AUGACCGCCAAACCUCCGACCCGCCUCGCCAUCCUCAUGGCCGACACCCCCAUGCCCAACACGGCGGCCAAGUACGGCGACUAUGGCGGCCUGUUCACGUCCCUCUUCGCCACCGCUGCCCAGCCCGAGCCUCUCGAGUCCGUCCUCUCCAUAACCAAGCAUGACAUCGUCAACCACGUCGGCUCGUACCCGCCCCUCGAGGAAGUCGACGCCGUCCUCAUCACGGGGUCCAAGCACAGCGCCUUUGGAGACGACGCCUGGAUCAUGGCCCUGGUCGACUACACGAGGCGUGCGCUGCUCGAGACCGACGGCAGGGUCAAGGUCGUCGGCAUCUGCUUCGGCCACCAGAUCGUCGCCCGCGCCCUGGGAGGCAGGGUCGUCGUCAACGAAAAGGGCUGGGAGGUGGCCGUGACCGAGGUCGAGCUGACGGAGCGCGCGAGGGAGUUUUUCGGACUGGAAAAGCUGAAAAUCCAACAAAUGCAUCGCGACAUCGUCCCAGAGUUGCCCAAAACUGACCCUCCGACCCUGCUCCUGGCCAGCAAUAACGUCUGCCAGGUCCAGGGCAUGCUCUGGCCCGGCCGCUGCGUCACAGUUCAGGGUCACCCAGAGUUUACGGAGGAGGUCAUGCGCGAGAUCCUGGAGACCAGGCACGACGCAGGCAUCCACCCUGAUGAGCUGUACAACAGCGGCAUGUCAAGGGCAGCUAGCCCACACGACGGCAUCGUCAUCGCAAAGGGUUUCCUCAAGUUUAUGAGGUUAUAA